AGCCGCGGAUUACACAAACUACCAGCCCAGCUCCAACCAGCUGCUCUGCUGCUCUGGCUCCGAUGGUCUCCGCCUCCAGGCUUCGACUGAUUUGGCGUCAUUUUGUCAACGGCCGGAUGGGAGACAUGACCUCCAAGGUGGAGCUUCCCACCCGAGAGACGGCGCUGGCCGGCCGGGACGAGCCCAUCAGAGUGUCCGCCAAACAUGACGUGAAUGGAAACACGACUGUUCCACCUUUUCCAGAUGGUACUGAGAUGGUCAUGUUUGGCAUGGGCUGCUUCUGGGGAGCCGAAAGGAAGUUUUGGAAACAGAAAGGAGUUUAUUCCACCCAAGUGGGAUAUUCUGGAGGGUUCACACCUAACCCCACGUACGAGGGAGUUUGCACAGGCAGAACGGGACACACUGAGGUGGUCCGAGUGGUCUUCCAUCCGGAGCGGAUCAGCUUCGCCGGUCUACUCAAAGUCUUCUGGGAGAGUCACAAUCCAACUCAAGGGAUGCGUCAGGGGAAUGAUGUUGGGACAACAUACCGCUCUGCUAUCUACACUUACACACAGCAGCAGCUUGAGGAAGCAUUGGCCUCCAAAAAUCAGUACCAGAAGGUACUUACAGAUGAAGGAUUUGGCCAAAUUACCACAGAAAUUACUGAAGCUCAGCCGUUCUACUACGCCGAGGAUUACCACCAGCAGUAUCUGAAUAAAAACCCUGGUGGAUACUGUGGUCUGGGGGGGACAGGAGUCACAUGUCCCAUCGGGUUAAACAAAAAGACCUAGAUAGCCAGUGAGAGCCAGGAAUGAACUUUAAGCGUGCCUCUAGGGAUGCUGCAAUGAACUGGUUUCUUAUCAGUUCAGAAAUACUUUGCUUUUAAGCAUUUAGAAGCUUUUUUUUCUUCUUUUUUCAUAUGUUUAGAUUUUAUUCCUUUUUGCACCAACAGACUUGCUGAUACACCUUGAAUUUAGGCCACAUUUCUCAAAUGGCACAGAUGGAAUGCAGUUGUAAAGUCUUAUAGUCAUUUUCAUGUUCUGGGUCUUUGCAAAGCACCAACUCGUAUUGUAAUAGACGCUAUUUAAAUUAAAAGAAAUGUUUUAAGAACAAUACAUUUUCCCAGCAUUCUGGUCAUUACAAACAAAUAACAUCUGAUAAUCUGUGCAUUUAUCAAUAAAGCAGUAUGCAGCACAGUUUCAUUUUUUACAGAUAAAGUGUGUCGAGUGAAUUUAGUGCAAAAGUUAAAAACAUUUUGUGUCAGCAGAACAACUCUCGCUCACAUCUGGUUGUUUCAGCUGUAAAACAGCUGUAAAACAGCUGAAACAACAUGUGAAUAGAAAUUUUAUUCAUUAAGUUGAUUUACAAGAUGAUUAAUUAAAAGGUUGGAUGUUUUAAGGCAAUAAACAUAUUCUGAAAUUAAAA